CGACUGUGUAAGCAUAGCCACCUCUGUCUCGCACAUUUCUCUCCGCCUCUCACUCUCUCUCUCUCUACUUGGUCUCUUUCUCUCUCUUCAGUUUGUCUGAGUUUCCAAUUCCUAACCGGAAGAAGAAAUGGGAGAGGAGAAGCCGAAAUCCGUUGGUGUAUGGCCCACCGUGAAGCCCUUCGUCAAUGGGGGAGCAUCUGGUAUGCUCGCUACCUGUGUCAUCCAACCCAUCGACAUGAUCAAGGUGAGAAUCCAGUUGGGUCAGGGAUCAGCGGGCCAGGUUACGAGGACCAUGCUAAAAAAUGAGGGCAUUGGCGCCUUUUACAAGGGUCUUUCUGCUGGGCUGCUUAGACAAGCUACAUAUACAACUGCCCGGCUUGGAUCAUUCAGAAUAUUGACAAACAAAGCGAUUGAGGCAAAUGAUGGGAAGCCCCUACCUUUAUAUCAGAAAGCUUUGUGUGGGCUAACUGCUGGAGCAAUUGGAGCAUGCUUUGGUAGUCCAGCAGAUUUAGCACUCAUUCGUAUGCAGGCUGAUGCUACAUUACCUAUUGCACAGCGUCGGAAUUACACUAAUGCAUUCCAUGCCCUCUAUCGUAUUGUUGCGGAUGAAGGAGUUUUGGCACUUUGGAAAGGUGCGGGCCCUACUGUAGUGAGAGCCAUGGCACUGAACAUGGGAAUGCUUGCCUCUUAUGAUCAAAGUGUGGAGUUCUUCAAGGAUUCUCUUGGUUUUGGCGACGCGGCUACUGUAGUAGGGGCCAGUGCAGUGUCAGGAUUCUUUGCUUCAGCUUGCAGUUUGCCUUUUGAUUAUGUCAAAACACAAAUACAGAAGAUGCAACCUGAUGCUGAAGGGAGAUAUCCGUAUACAGGUUCUAUGGAUUGUGUCAUGAAGACCUUGAAGGCGGGAGGGCCCUUCAAAUUUUACACUGGAUUUCCAGUAUACUGUGUUAGGAUUGCGCCCCAUGUCAUGAUGACAUGGAUAUUCCUCAACCAAAUCAAUAAGCUGGAGUCGAAAGUUGGGUUGUAGGCUGUAGUGUUCUGCGGAAAUAGAGUGUCUUCGCCGGAAUUGAGCUCUAUCAAAUAAUACUUUGGCUUGGUUUUGCAGUUAUUGGUUUUUGGUAAAAUUCAGCCCCUGAAGUUAUGCUGUACUUCGGAAAUUCUUUACAGUGACUGAUGAGAAGUUUUGUAGUUCAUCUGAAAUGAAUUACAUAAUUUUAAUGCCGGAAUUGAAAUUGGAUUUUUAGGCAUUUAAAAUAUUUAGGAAUUACUCAUUUUGGGAUAUCCUUGAGAAACAGUUGUUUAGUUAAAUAAUAAUCAAUGUACUAUUGAAUUAUCAUUACAUGAACAUGUUAUUUUUGCAUCAA